UCCUCCCGGAGUGAAGAAGAACAUCCGCGCAUGCGCACUUGUCGGUGAAGAAGCCAACAUGGAGGUGUUCGUGAGCGCUCCGAGCUGCAGCUUCGCUAACUCGGUGUUUCCAGGAGGCUCUGCGGUCCGAGACGUCCUGCACAGGUUCACCCGGCUGCAGGGAGUUUCCUGCGAGGAUUUCUACGUCACCAGAAACGGCCGGCUGACGGACCCCGAGGACGCUCUGCAGCAUGGCGCCGUCUAUCGCCUGGAGCCCCGCCUCUGCGGAGGGAAAGGAGGGUUCGGCUCUAUGCUGCGAGCGCUGGGCGCUCAGAUCGAGAAGACCACGAACCGCGAGGCCUGUAGAGACCUGAGCGGACGCCGCCUCCGAGACGUCAACCACGAGAAAGAGAUGGCGGAGUGGCUGAAAAAGCAGGCGGAGCGCGAGGCGGAGAAGGAGCAGCGGCGUCUGGAGCGGCUGCAGAGGAAGCUGUCGGAGCCCAAACACCAGUUCGCCGACCCGGAGUACCAGCGGCAGUGCCACGACCUGUCGGAGCGGCUGGAGGACUCGGUGAUGAAAGGUCUGCAGGCGUCCUCCGGCGGGCAGGUGAAGCCCGACGACGGCUCCGCGGCCAAGAGGCCGAACCCCGAUCAGAGCGAGCCGCCGCUCAAGAAGAAGAAGGCGGCGGCACCGGUGGCGUGUUUCUGGACGGGCGUGGGCGAGCUGGACGAGCUGCUGAGCUCAGAGGACGAGGACGAGUCUCCGUCCACGUCCUCCUCCAGCUGUGGAGCUGCCGCCGUUACCAUGACGGCACAGACAGAGGAGGCGGAGCCUGGGCAGAGCAGCAGCUCAUCUGCUGACCAGAGUCCUCCAGAGACCCCCAGAGACCAGACCACCACACCCCCAGAGGACCAGAGUCCUCCAGAGACCCCCAGAGACCAGACCACCACACCCCCAGAGGACCAGAGUCCUCCAGAGGAGAAACUCGUAGAAGCUUCUAAACCAUCGGGGUCCAGCGGUCCGUCUCAGCAGCAGGGCGGCCCCGCGCUGGAUCUGUCCUCGCUGUCCUCGCCCGCCCAGCUGGAGGAUCUGGGUCUGGACGUCCUGAAGCGGGAACUGACGUCUCGGGGGUUAAAGUGUGGGGGGACGGUCGCGGAGCGCGCCGCCCGGCUCUUCUCCGUCAGAGGGCUGACGCCGGAUCAGAUCGACCCGGCGCUGCUCGCCAAACCGGGAAAGGCUAAGAGGAAGUGAAGAGGUCGAAGGUCACCGGGUAGAAACCAGCUUCAGGGUUCUGACUCUUACUUACUGAGUUUAUUUGUAGACAUUUUGUUGUUCAACGUGUUUCAGGUUUAUCCAAUCAGAGAGCGGCGUUUCAGUCUCGUGUAAAAAGUUAUGAAUUUUUCUUUUAUUAAAAUAUGUGAAAUAAAAA